GGUUGCUUAGUCAUUCUGCUUCCGGCCACGGUCGUGAAAGGACGCAGGAUGGCUGGCUCUUCGCGAGCAGUGAUAACGGCCGAUUCUGGCCGCGGAACAUCGUUUUUGGACGGCCUGAAAGAUUACAGGAUUGUACUGCCGCCGCUGCCAACCGGAGAAGGACUGAAAACAAUGGUUGUUCUUCACUGCGACACCGCUGGAAGGCCUUACAGGAUAGAAGAUUUCCGCCAGCCGAUGAAAGAAGCCGGCGUCAUUGAACAGGUGGGCGGUAUUGGAGCGUACCAGAUGUCGCACGUCUGGUUAGUCAACUUCCGUAGUGAAGAAGCCAAGAAAAAGUUGCUCGACAUCGGGCAUAUUGUUGUUAAAGGGAAGACUUGCGUUGUCUUUGACCCUGAAAGGCAGGAAGUGCGGCUGAAGGUGCAUUGGUGUGCCUUCAACGUCAGCAACGAAACUCUGAGGCGGGCGUUCGCCGAGUACGGCGAAGUGAAAGAAGUUUCGAGCGAUAGAUGGAAGACCGGCGGGUUUGAAAACGCCGACUCGACUACUCGUGUUGUGCGGCUGGUUCUUCGAGAAGGUGUAAGCCUCGAGCGCAUACCCCAUCAGCUGCGUAUCGGGAACGGUACAGUAUUAGUCGUCGUGCCCGGGCGUGCGCCGAUAUGUCUCCGCUGCCGCAACACAGGCCACAUUAGGCGGGACUGCAAGGUGCCCAAGUGCAGCGAGUGCCACGCCUUCGGGCAUGAAGAGGCUGAAUGCACGAAGUCAUACGCCCGCGCCGCGACUCGAGGAACAUUCGGCGAUAAUAGUGAGCUGCACAUGGACGAGGAUGAAGCUGAGCAAGCUGCCUCCAACCCAGUGGUCGAGAGCCCAACGGCCGCAGCGCUGAGCGAUGAAAAGGAAGGCGCCAUGCCAGGGACUCGUGAGUCAGCGCCCAGCACCCCCAAGUCGGCAACCACGAGCAUGGAUACCAAUUCACCGCAAGAUAUUCCACGCCCUUCUGAAAAAAGCAACGAGGAACCCAUGGAGUCUGACCCUGCGGCUGCGAAACGACGCCACGACGAUGUCAGUGCAAUGAGCCAGGAGCAACGACUGCGUCUCCUAGAACGCCAGUGGGGCGUAGGCGAAGGGAAAAAGCAGCGUGUCACCAGCGGGCUACGAUCGUCGUCGCUUCCUCGCGACGACAACCCGAAGACCUAA